CCCCUCAGCCUGCACCGCUGCUGCCCAGCGGGGUCCGCCCCCUGCUCUCUCGGGGCUCCGCCUCCACCCAGUCCCCACCAACCUUGGGCCUCACUGAGUUUCUCUUUCACUUUGGGAUCCUGAGGUCCUGCACCAGGGCCCAGCUGCUACCGCAGGUCCCCAGGGCGCCCACGCCAGCAACGCAGAGGAGGAGACGGGGUCUGAGCAGCAGGCAGCUGACCCGCGCUGGCCCGUCCACUUGGGGCAGGGGCAGCGGGAGCAGGUCGGGGCCUCCAGAGCGGGGCCCUGUCUGUGCUCAGAAAAUGGAGCGCUCGGACUGGAGUGGAAGAGACUCGCUGGAGGAGGUCUGCCCACGGGGCUGCCGAUGGACCGCGCACUACAGAAAACUGAUAGAGCAAAUAUAUAAAAAAGCAUUCAGGUUCUACUUUCGAAACCUACGCUACGCCUAUGGCCGGAAUAAUACCUUCCUGUGCUUCCAAGUAAUAAGAGAACAGAACAACGAAGUCCUUCACAAGGGGGUCUUUCUAAACCAGCCCAGCCCCUUCAGACUCCACGCAGAGCUCAGCUUCCUGUCUUGGUUCCAUGACACUGAACUGUCCUUUGAUGAGAACUACAAGGUCACUUGGUACAUGUCCUGGAGCCCUUGCCCGGAAUGUGCGAAGGAGAUUGUAACAUUCCUGGACAAUCAUCACAACGUGACCCUGACUAUCUAUGUCGCCCGCCUAUACUACCAUUGGAACCCCACAUACAAGGAGGGGCUGCGAGCACUGGUGCAGGGAGGGACCCGGCUAUACACCAUGGCUUUCCCAGAAUUUGAAGACUGUUGGAGUCUCUUUGUGUGCAAUGAAACAUUCAGACCUUGGGAGAAUUUCCAUAAAUGUUGUUCGCUCCAGGACAAAACCCUGCAGAAGAUUCUCAGGAGGGGGAAGAUGCUAAAAGAAGAAACGUUCCGUGUCCAGUUUAACAACGCGCACAAGGCCCAGAAGCCCUACCGCCGCAGGGUGACAUACCUGUGCUACCAGCUGCAAGAGGCCAACGGCAACCUGACCAAAGGCUGCUUUCGGAACAAGAAAGGUCUCCACGCAGAACGUCGCUUUAUUAAGAGGAUCAGUUCCAUGAAACUGGACCAAGCCCAGAGCUACCAAAUCACCUGUUACCUCACGUGGAGCCCCUGCCCACUCUGCGCCCAGGAACUGGCUCAGUUUAAACACUCUCACCCACGCGUGCAACUGAAGGUCUUCGUCUCCCGCCUGUACUUUCACUGGAAGAGGACCUACCAGGAGGCGCUGCACCGGCUGUGCACAUCCCAGGUCCCAGUCACUGUCAUGGGCCUCCCAGAGUUCGCUGACUGCUGGGACAACUUUGUGGACCACCAGUCAGAGCCCUUUAAGUCCUGGGACAAGCUGGAGCAGUACAGCAACAGCAUAGAAAGGCGCCUUCUGCAGAUCCUGAAGUCCUGGGGUGUGGAUGACUUAACGGCUAACCUCAGAACUUUGCAGCUUGGACCCACCUCCCCCCCAGUGGCGGGAAGGGACCCCUGAUGACCGCCCCAGGCAUCACACGCACAUCUGCCUCCCCGCCAUCCCAAGCCUGGCCUUCAUCCAUGUCCAGAAAGCCUUCCCUCCCUCCUCCAUCUUUUGUUUAUUUUUUAUAAUUGGGUUUGUACUUUUCUAAUUUAAAAAAAAAGUCACGAUAACUUCAAAGUCCACAGAACCUGGCUUACUGUCUAAGGGAGGAAUCAGGUCCUCUCAUAAAAAGGAGAAUAAAAGGCUCUUGUGGAACCAAGAAA